AUGGUGCCGGUACUGCGCUGUGCAGCUUGUCCGUCGCGAUUGGGGAGUGUACUUGCUCGCCGGCAGAGUUUCAUCGAGAUAUCAAAUUACUUUCGAGGCCGGGUAGCUUCACAGCCAUCACACCUGAAAUGCACUCUCCAGGGGGUCAGCCGGUUUUAUUCUACUGGCAAUGCAACCAAGACCGAGAGCCUCUUAGAGCAGUACUCAAAGACAAUUGAUUUUCCGCCCGCGUCUAUCACGUUUAGGGACCUAUAUAAAGAACAGAACAAUGGACGAUCGAUCACAAUUCACGGUUAUAUUGGCAAGCGGAAGAAGAUUGGCAAGAAUAUGACAUUUGCCCGGUUGACCGAUCCUACCAUAUCCCAGAGUGUCCAAAUUGUGGUAUCAAACCCCCAGGCUCUAGAUGAUUUGAAGUCAAUUGAGCCGAAUAGCCCGGUCGUCGUCCGCGGAAUAGUGAAACCAAAGGAAAACCAAGCUCAAAGGCAUGAAUUUGACGAACAAAAUGGGCUUGACAGCGUGGAGGUCGAGUUACAGGAUGUGCGAUGUUUAAACGAGUUUCCAAGGGACAUCAUUAUCACUCCCGACACAGUGUUCCCACCAAAUAAAAGGCAUUUGCAGAUACGCAAUGAUGCUUCUCUUCGUCAAUCCUUGGCCUUCAGGGCAAACGCAAACGCAGCGUUACGUCGAGCCCUUGAAGAAUGUGAACCACCGUUCUUAGAGGUCGAGACCCCGAUUUUGUUCAAGUCUACCCCUGAAGGUGCGAGGGAGUUCUUGCUUGACAUGGAGAUGUCGUUUGCAACGGCGGAAGAUGUUAUGGCUACCACAGAAGCUUUGGUCAAGAAACUGUGGGCCUCUAUUAUGCCAGAGCCUCUUGGGCCGGAACCGUUCUCGCGCAUGUCAUAUUACGAGGCCAUGGGUUUAUAUGGUAGUGACAAGCCGGAUACCCGCUUUGACAUGAAGCUUCGCCGGGUUGAUCAAUCUCUACCUCCAGAUUUCAUAGGCAAGAUCGGUUCUUUAGACUCCCCUGCUGUUGAAGCUUUUCUUGUCAGAGGAAACGGCUGUCCCAAGGAAACCAUGAGAGUUUUACAAGGCUUCAUGAACACCCCAGAGGCAAAGCCUUUCUUAGACAACCCCGACGGGGCUCCAGGGACCUUUGUCAUUGACUCCUCGAAACCGAUGACUGGAUUAUCUGCCGCUGGGUUUGAAGCUGCAUGGGGUCUAGAAACGCUAUUUGAACCAGAGCACGGUGACUUGCUCUUUUUCCAAUGUCGGAAAGAUGAACCCUUCAGCGGAGGAUCAAUCAAAGCUGGUGAGCUACGCCUAGCCGUCCACCAGUAUCUGGUUGAAAAGGGAUUUUACAGCCCCCCAGUCGGGUUCAACUUCCACUGGGUUACCGGAUUCCCGCUCUUCUCCCCUUCGGUCGAGACCGAGCCAGGCCAAGGUGGCACCGCUGGGAUAGCCUCGACACACCAUCCCUUCACCGCACCUCGAACAGCUGAGGAUGCUGCGCUUCUAUUAACGGAUCCGACCAAGGCGAUCGCCGAUCAUUACGAUUUAGUCGUGAAUGGCGUUGAGCUUGGCGGUGGAAGUCGGAGAAUCCACUCGGCAGCUGUCCAGGAGUUCAUCCUCCGGGAUAUCUUAAAGGUUCCGCCUUCCCGCCUCCAGAGCUUUUCCCACCUACUCGAAUGCCUCAGGGCUGGUUGUCCCCCCCAUGCGGGCAUUGCACUUGGUUUUGACAGGCUGAUAGCCGUCAUGCGAGGCACUCAAAGUGUACGCAAUGUGAUCGCCUUUCCGAAAGGCAACAAGGGUGAGGACCCAAUGGUAAAGACUCCCAGCCCAAUGACCGAGGACUCACUACAAACUUACCAUCUACAACUGCGCCAAGGUGGCCAGAGUUGA